UUCCAGGGGCAUGCACGGCCUGGUCCUGGGUUUGUCACCGCCAGCAGCUGACCCGGAAGCCCCCCAGGCUCCGAAGCAUGAUCUCAAUCACUGAAUGGCAGAAGAUCGGUGUGGGCAUCACCGGCUUCGGCAUCUUCUUCAUCCUCUUUGGAAUUCUCCUGUACUUUGACUCGGUGCUCCUGGCUUUUGGAAAUCUGCUGUUCCUGACCGGCCUCUCCCUCAUCAUCGGCCUGAGGAGGACAUUUUCCUUCUUCUUCCAGAGGCACAAACUCCGGGGGACCAGCUUCUUCCUGGGGGGUGUGGCCAUUGUGCUCCUGCGCUGGCCGCUUCUGGGCAUGCUCCUGGAAACCUAUGGGUUCUUCAGUCUCUUCAAGGGCUUCUUCCCUGUGGCUUUUGGCUUCCUGGGCAACACUACCAACAUCCCCUUCCUGAGUGCACUGUUCCAGAGGUUUCAAGGCACCAGCUCCAUGGUCUGAACCUCAGAGAUGAGCUCCUUGAACUCGAAGCUUGGGUGGAGGAGGAAGCUAGAAGGAAAGUGAGGGCCGCUCCGGACGGGCGCCCGCCCCUGCCCGCCCCUGCCCGCCCACCAGCGCUGACUCACUCCUCGUCAGUACUCCGUUCCCACCAAGUCCAGGAGGAAGGAUGACCUCAGACCAAGGACUCGAGACUGCGGGGGCUGUGGGAGCAUGAAUCCUGGCUCUGUGGAGAUCCGGUGGGGGCUGGAAUCACACCCUCACCCUGGACUUAUGGGAGGAACGUGAAGAUUAAGUCCCCUAAACGGUGAGCAUGUCUGAGAUCGCAGUCAUUGUCUACGGUCCAGGAAGUUCAUCCUCAGUUUCAGGGGUACCUGCAGCGCCUUUCCCCACAGCAGAAUCACCGAAGCAGUUAGGUCUAGCCUGUACUCCUCACUGGAGCCGCCACACCAGGGUUAAAUAACACACUUUUGCCAGGCCCUGAUGGCUCACGCCUGUAAUCCUAGCUACUCAGGAGACUGUCAUCUAAGGAUCACGGUU